UUUCGCGUAAAAAAUACAAAAAGAGGUGAUUCAUUGUUAACAGACGAAAUGGAGUUGGAUAAUAUACAAAAUGAAGAAGGAAUAAUUAUAAUAGAUUCGUCAGAUGAUGAAGACAAUUUAUUGACCAAUUUUGAAGCAAAUAAUAAUUUUAAAAAUUUGGAGGAAGGCAAAAAUGAAAUUGGGGGGAGGCAGGGAAGUGCUGGUGGGGGUGGAUUUGUUGGAAAUUUGAAGACAAAAAUGAACUCUAGACUGAAAAAGUUGAAGCCUUCAAGUUGUUGUUUGCCAUUUUGGAGGACAGAAAGUAAUUUUGGGUUUAAACAUUUCCGGUAAAUUAAAAAAAAUUUUUUUUCUAAUUUCUAUCCCGUUUGAGACUGAGAAUCUCCUACUUUAACAUAUUGACUUGAUAAUCUCUCAUAUAUCCCCCCUCUAAUAUAUCCCACCUCUAUAUCCCAUCUAUAUUGUAAUCUUUCUUAUGACUCUGUUAUGCCAAGCAGUAGCCAGAAUUGUCCGCAACUUCAAAUUGCGGAUUAAUUUUAGACUUGCGGAUUUU